AUGGGUCAGGGCAGUAAGAUGACUGGAGCGGCGAGCUACGCGCUCGCCCAUGGUUUGACAGUGGACCACCUGGAACUGCCAGCACCAUUCCUUGGCGGGCAUUUCGCGAAUCUCGACGACAUGAUCUCCCGCACCGACAGCCCUCAUGUGCCUCUUGACGACUCGACUCUACCCCAGCUCGAUCUCUCGGCAUGGCCUUUCGUCCAACCCUGCCUCGAGCGGCUGCACACGUCAAGAGCCGCAGUCGAUCUCAUGAACCAGGCGUUGACCUUGGACAGAGAGGCUUGUCCCGUGGUUCCUGUCAAGAGCUGCAGGUCCGCGUUGAAGUUGUCAGCUUUGAAGAUUGAGCUCCCACUGCUUGGUACUGACCAUGAUCAUGAUGUUAAAGAACUGCUAAGGUUGUGCCGCAUCAAAAGGGCUCCACUAUUGACAGGCGAUACUCUACCAUUGGAACGGCUCGACGUCGAGCAAGACGAGGCCAUCGCAUUUCCGGCGAGUGUCGCCACAACUCGUCAAGCCCUUACAAGUAACACUCUUUGGGACAAAAUUGAUGCCAGCCGAGAGGCAAUGGAGUUCUUAGCUCAAUCACUCGAAUGUGUCUCCAGAGAAACUAGUGCAUUAGAUAUAGGCGCGCAGCCCCGAAAGGCAAGACCAGUUGCAGCCUACAUUGAGAGGCACUCCAUGACCCCACCGCUCCUGAGUCCUGUCAGAAGCGCGGAACUCUUUAUUCCUGAUGCUGAGGUGUGCGAAGUACCAUUGACGUCCGAUCCUGCGACACUCAUCGAAGAUGACUUGCGGAACAUUGAGAAACGCCUGUUCUACGAAGACAGCCCGCGCCAAAGUGAUCAUGCCCAAGUCGACAUUCGACUGUUUGUAUCCUCACCAGUAAACACAGAGCUCGGUACAAGCAAACACAGCAGGUCGUAUGAACCGGUUCGGGUCGAAAGUCCUCUCCUUCUCCACGACAAUUCUUCAAAUACUGUAGAAUAUGGCAGGACUGUGCAAGACUACGCAAGCGAGAUCGUCGGUCCACAAAAGCCAGGAAAUGUCAGCAGCGAAGUUGAUGAUACAUGCCUUCCCCAUGAGAUCUUCAUGGAGGGGGCUCAGCAAAUUGUCGAUAAAUUCCGUAUAGGUUUGCAACAGGAACGCCUAGAUGCAGGUGACGCAACGGCAAGAGUAGAAGUUCCCGUGGUGAACUUCAAGAUUGAGUCGCCGACGUGGCAGUAUUGUGCUCACGACAGUCGUAUGCACUUUCGCCACGUCUUACGCGAAUCUCAGUCCAGCUUGAAACCCCCAGGUCUCUCCCGACAGGUCUUGUCUGGCAUGCCACUGAGAUGGAUCCCAUUCUCCUUUGAGCUAGGGACAAUUGUGAUCAAGGAGUCGAUUGAUGAGCUCGCCGAUGUUGAGGCGAUGUUGGGCGACUGCCCCAAGGUGCGGAUAGCUACAAGCGUCGACUUCAGCCCCUACGUGACAGGCUCUGUCAAUCUCUUCAGACGCCAUUUCGAUGACGAUGAAAUAAUAUCACAGCAAGGCCAAAUUACUGCUUCUCGGAGACGGAGCAUCGAAGGUCCUGAACUUGAUAGACUUCUCGAGGAGAAAACACGAAGUCUUCCGAACGGCGACAGCUAUCGAAAGCCGCAAUCGACCCACGACAAAAUUGCCGACAUAGGGCUUGGUGUGCAAGAAUACAUACCAGAUCUUCGUCGUCCACACCAUGUUGCAGAAUCAUCCAAAAUGAAUUUGUUGCCGGACAGCACCAGUGAAAGUGCGACCGGGAUACUUCUCGACAACUUCAUGAGCAUGCACGCAUACAAGAAGCGAAAGCUCACCUCGAGCACGUACUUUUCCAAUGUUGCUCCACAGAGCCCAAGAAUGGAGGUGGAAAACCAGAAAUUGCAGCGUGCUGAGGUUUUAGAGAACGAAGUCGGUUUCGAGAUGGUGACUCCGGCAUCCGACUGCCCAGCUUACUUUCCACUUACUAGUAGCCCACAUCCACCAGCAAGAAUCAUCAAGUCGCUUGCAGUAGAUCGCAUUGUAUUCAACAAGCUAGAGGCUCAGCACCCAGCACUGACGGCCAAUGGCGGGAACGGCAAUUCACUUCGCGCUCGAGUCGCCAGUGUCGCACAGCGGCUGAGCGUCACCGAGCUGCAAGAUCUUGCCGAGUUCUCUGGUUUUGCCGCAGCGCUCAACAACCAUGUCGACGUCAUUUAUACGGGAGGUGGUGGAUCAUCGCUGUGA